CUCUGACCCUUGGUGGAAACGUAGUCAAUCCUGGUUUCUCUCUGCUCUAGCAAAAGUUGUUCGCUCAUUGGGCAUCACACACGACACGACGCGUGACGCGUUCAGUGGGAACGCGCCCGCAGGUCUAUGGCGGCGUGCGUAACUUGGCUCGCUUGGCUCGCUUGACUUCGAUGGCAACAAAGAUGGCGGGCGCAGUGCGCGCAGGGAUCGUGUGCCUCUGCUAGGCGCGUUGACGUGCCUGACAAACGUUGUGCAGCCCGGCCAGCGGGCAGUAGCUGUCGCGAGUGAACGCGCGGGCUUUUGUGUAUGUGCGCGCGCGCGCGCGUGUGUGUGCGUGCGUGCGUGCGUGCGUGCGUGCAUGCGUGCAUACGUGCGUACGCGUGCGAUUACGCGAUUCCGUCGUGUACGCGCCUAAGUGCGCGCGUGUCUGGCCGCGUUGGGUGAUCGCGGGGCCGCGUUUCCGACGUGUUCCGACGAAAUAUGUCAGAGGCUCCGGAAGCAUGAGCGAGGGAGCAGACUCGGUUGCACAGACCCGCGGGGAUACGCUCGCGACCUUGGACGACGAGGGUGAGCGUGAUGCGACGCCGUCGACGCCGCCGCCGACGCCGACGGCGACGGAGCCGCUACCAUCGCCGCCACCACAACCGCCGCUGCCUCCGUCGUCGUCGCCUCCGUCGCCUCCGUCGACGGCGACGUCCACCGGUAGGAGACCGCGCUUCGGCACCGGCGGCCUUCCACCGUCGCCCUACGUGUGGGUCGACGGCCGUCAGCUGCGAAGCGCUCUGGCCUGGACCAAGAAAUGGCCGCCCCGACGAGUCAGCUUUCCCCUGAGCGACAGUCACCUGGUGACAGGCUACCUCGAACCCGACAAUCCCUGGCGGCACGCUGAAAAUGUGAAUCGCGAGGACUUAAUCUUUGCAUACGAGGAGUCUUGCGCACGUCACGCCACCGAACCCUUGCAAAAUGUUUUAGUUCAACUGGAGAAUUUGGAUAUAUCUCAAGAUCGCUGCGAAGAGCUGAAUUUGAAGGGAAAAGUCUUGGAUCAGGAUCAUAUCGAACCAUUGGAGGAGAUACUGAAGAGAGUGCAGUUUAAUAAAAUCGAUUUAGAAGGAACGUUUCUAAAUGACGAGAGUUCCGUGAUAUUAUUUGAUAUGAUAGAAUAUUAUGAAUCCACGAGACACUUAACUAUUUCGUCUAAUCCAGAAAUCGGAGCGCGCGGCUGGCAAGCGUGCUCACACAUGAUUAAGAAGACUGAGACUUUAGAACAGUUUGAAGCAGGGAACAUAAAGUUUGACGAACAAAACAUGAACAUUUUAACCCGUGCAUUGCGGGUAGUUUGCCAUCUUCAAGUCCUUAAAUUGGAAAAUUGUGGACUGUCGGGCAGAGCAGUUAUCAUGCUUGUUACAGCCCUAAAAAUAAAUAGCGGUAUACGGGAACUAUAUUUAGCCGAUAACGGGCUUGACUUAUACGACGCUAUACAGCUUGGAUCUCUCUUAAGAAUGAACAAUCAGUUACAAUUGCUCGAUAUUAGUAAUAAUAACGUCCAGGACGACGGGGUACGAGAUAUAUUAGAGGGCCUGAUUAAUCAAGUGAACGAGGACAAAACUGGCAAGGGACUUAGUAUUCUGAUACUGUGGAAUAAUCGUCUCACCAAGAAAUCGUCACCUUACAUCUCGAGGAUUAUAGCAUUAUCGAAAACAUUGGAGACUCUGAAUAUCGGCCAGAAUAUGCUGACGGACGAGACCUUGAGCAUCGUUAACGAGUCAUUGAAGCAAAAUCGUGUUCUCCUACAAUUGGGCAUGCAAUCUACGGAACUCACAUGCGACGGAAUAAUCACGCUCGCUGAGAUAAUGGAGACGAAUCAAGUCUUGCAGAGGAUAGAUUUACGGGAUAACAGCAUACGGAUGCGCGGAAUGCAAGCUCUCGUUAAUGUCAUGAAAAAGAACAAGACCAUUACGCAGAUUGAUUUGGAUGACAAACCUCGGAUAAGAUUAGACGGUCCGUUGAACGAGUAUAGGGAAAUGGCUGCGGAAAUUCGUAGUUGCUGUAGCCAAAACGAGGAGCACCGUCUGCUGGAGGAGUCGGGCGAGGAUGUUGAGAGCCCGCAGCAUUCAAACCGGUUGCUGAACGCGAGCUCCCGUAAGAUCUCGCUUACCUGUCAGACACUGCCAAGUCCGUCGCGAUCGGCGAUAUUAGCCGCCGAUGAGCCGGCGACGCGCACUAUGCUGGAGCCAAAGCGUACCAGCGGAGGCCGUCUGCGCUCCCCGGCUCCUAGUCCCAUUCCCUCUCCCGUGGCCAGCCCGAUCCCCAGCCCGUCCCGGAAUCGUUUCGUCGUGUGUCGAGUGUCGGAAGCAUCGUUGCGCUCCGCCGACUCCUCGGUGUCCUCCUCGCCGGUCACUCCGCCAUCUCUUGGCUCCUCCCCAUCCCUUGGUUCUUCCCCGUCUUUCUUCCCCAAUACGAGCGGCGGCCCGUCGCGGUUCCGCGUGUCGGUCGUCGAGUCGGCGGGCGCCGACCGCUCGUCGCCCAAAUCGGUCGUCGCCUCCUCCAGCGGCAGCUCGGUCACAAUCGGUUUUAAUGUCAGAAUCGACGCGGCCGACUCCGACGAUCCCGACAGCGCAACCAAAAUGGACACGCAUGCGACGCAGGCCGCUAGCGAUAGUACAGUCGCGUCCAUAGACACGCUUAACGUAGUUGCGAUAUCAACACAAGUAUCCCCAAACGAAGACAUUGCCAAAAACGAAGAUCGUUGUGACGAAGGGACGAAGGGGGAGGAGGAAGAGGAGGUGCGAUCGAAUGUAUACCGAACUGAAUCGCGAAUCUGGGCGGACGAGAGCGUUAUUGCGACAUGUAGUGAGGUCGUGGAAGAGCGAUUAGCUCAGAAGGACACAACUGCGAUGUCUGAAAGAAACGAGAACGUUACGGUAGAUCUCGAGAGCGUCGUAACAUCCGACAAGGAUACCGAGGCGAUCGAGGAUCGUCGCGUCGUGUAUACGAGUACAAAACAACUACAGGUACCUGCGUAUCCGAACGAGGAUACAGCCUCGAUGAGGAUUAGCGUAGUCGAGGACAAAGCCUUGAUCGAAUCGUCCUCGGAUGACUCUCCGGAAUUGCGCGUGAAUCGGACAAUUUCAGAAGGAUUGUCCACCGGCAUUUUCGAGUCUUCCGUAAGCACUACCUCGGAAACGUCCUCGACUCGCGUGGCAGAGUCGCAUUCGCGGCAACAGGAGAAUACGUCGGUGCAGAGGCAUAAAUCCAGCCUGGAGAAGCUCCUGUCCUUGUUCCAACAUCCCGGUCAGUUCUUCUCGGACUCUUCGGGCGCUGUCGCGGAUACGAGAAGCUCUCUGCAGGAGAGCGUAAGUAGCAUGAUGGCACUGGGCGACAGGUUGCAGCAGUACCUGAAGGAAGGCCGAGCCAAGGUGAGCACCGACGGCUCGUGGUCUUCGGAACAUGGAUCCUUGUCACGAAACAGAUCGGUCAGAAUAAACGUAUCGCAGUUACAGAGCCUGACCAACAUAUUCGCAUCUUUCAAGCUCGAACCCCACACGAGUCUUGUUGAGCACAGCGCCAAGUUCUUCGAUCAGGCAAAAGGUCAGGAUACGAAUGUCAGAGAGAAAGAUUUCGAAGGAGAGGUUGCGAGAAUUGACCAAGACUUGUUCGGUCAGGAGAAGAGUCUGGUUGCGGGAAACGAUGACAAGAAUCCGAUCGAGCGGGACCAGAGUAAUUCAUUUCGUCAGGAACGAGAUGAGAUUACGAGGAAUGAUGAGAAGAAUCAGAUUGUCAGGGAUGGCGAGGACGAUCUAUUUGUUCAAGAAAAUAAUCAGGUAAGGAGAAACGACGAGCAGAAGUUGUUCGACCGGGAUAUCAAGGACGAUGAAAAGAAUUUGAUCGACCAAGAAGAGAGUUCGAAUGCCGCGUGCAAUUUAUUUUAUCAGGUUAAAAAACAGAUUGUGGAGACCGGCCAAGGAGACUUAGAGGCUCGAGAGAAGGAACGAGUUGCUGGGAGUGCAAUCGAUGAGAGCUUUGAAGAUCAAGAGAAGACUCGGGUUAUCGAAAACAGCGAGAAUGUACAAGAUCAGGAGCAUCGGGAGAAAGAUAUGGUUGCGAGUGAUGACAAUGAGUACGAUUUAAAUAAUUUAAAUAAUUGGAAGAAGAUGCCCGCGAGAGACAGUGAAAGCUUGGGAGAUCGGGACAACGGGAUUGCGAGAAACGACGAGAAAGAUUCUAUGCAAAAUGUACCCGUUAAUGAGGAAAGUGUUGAGAAGAAUAAUUUACAAUGGACCGAAUCUGACCUUAGUGAUCGACUGUUACCUGAAAGUGUGCAAUCAAAGGACGACUUUGUUGAUAAUUUAGUAUUAGACGUGACGAGCAAAUCCGCUGUGUGUAUAGCUGUAAAGUUAACUGACGUAGCCGGGUGUUCUGCUUUAGAAUUAAGUAAGACCGACAGUACAGGGUGUAACGACGAUUUUGUUAGUGACGAUGUGAAUUCAGUACAUACGGAGCGUAAUGACGCUGAACGCUUGAAGCGUGACAAUCCGCAAGAUUCAGAAUACCACGGGGCGAAGGCUGGAGAAGCGAACGCCUUAACGGCGAGGACAUGUGAUACAACCACGGACAGUAUUAAUCAGACUAGUGAUAGUAGUUUUCCGAUUUGUAACAUAGGGCAUGAUAGGUACACCGUAGAUAGCGUAAGUACCGCGAGAGGGUCGACGUGCACGUCGAUUAAAUGUACGCCAGACAACUGCGGGGUGUCGUCGACGUCGUUGAACGACGUCUGGGCGUCGUCGACGUCGGCAGACGAUGUCGGGGCGCCGUCGAAAUCGUUCAAGGGCGUCGAUUCGGACGACCAUUUAAACGAAGAGAAAGUUACCAGUAGCACGUGCUGCGUUGUCGAGCAAGAUCAAUGCGAGUCUACGACAAGGAAGGAGGAGGAGAGGGGGAAGGAGGACGUGGCGGAGGUCCUCGAUGAUGAUGCUUGCCGCGAUUCCGCCGACCGUAAAAGUACAAGUGUAAAUAUUAAGGUAGAACCGCGCGAAUCGGUGACGACGAGUUCGGGAAGCCGGGAGGGACAGUCUUUCAUGCCAAAUAAUGUCGACGUACAUCGAACUAUCCUUAAAGAGGACGCGGCCGAGAAUGAGGAGCAGCUGGAGGACGGCAUCGACGAUGGCAGGCGGCUCGACCCAACCAUCCUCGUCACGCCGUACGAGAUGACGUCUGCGAGUCAGGACAAGUCCGACGCGGAGGAGCUUAUCUUCUGCAUGACGGACAUCUCGACGGACGGCACGUCUGUGGAGGACGAGCUGUCGCCGAGCGUUCCGUCCAGGAGCUCACCGAACGACACCGCCAAGGUGCAGGCCGAGUCCUACUUGGAACUGUCCACUUCGAGGACUACGUCGACGAGCACGCUGCUGAUUGAGAAUCCCGAGGGCGUGCACAGGAACAGCCAGGAUUCCGGUAUCGAGGAGACCACGAUCGACGAAACUGUCGUCGGGACGGCGGACGCGCAUCCGCUGCCACCGCCGCGCAGCAGCCUCCAGGAGAGCGUGGACUCCGGGAUCGAGUCGGAAUGCUCAUCGAUAUGCAUCAGGGUGGAGCCCGCCGCCGAGCGGGCGCUGGAGCUCGUGGCCGUCCCGAAGAGGCCCCCGCGCGACGACAACGGCGUGGACGACGACAACGACGAGUACGAGGAGUUCGCGACGGAUUUUCUCGACAAGGAGGCGCGACUGGUUGAUAAUGACGCGUACCUCAACAGCAUCAAGUGUACGGCCGUCAGUACGGCGCGGACCGUCGCCGACGAAAGCGUCGCGCACUCUCCGGCAGCCAUGCACGGCACCAGCCCGAAAUAAUGCAGCAGAGGAGAAAGAAGAGAAGGCGAAGGAUAGCGAAGGGAACAAGACAAACGC